AUGAUGUAUACAGUUGAAUGUCCUGUUGAAACAUUAAAAUAUUAUGACAGAAAAUUCCUUACAAAUACAUUCUUUAAUAGUUCAGCAACUUAUCGUUUAGAUAGCGAUGUAUAUAUGCCCCAUGAUGCUUUAACUAAAAUUACUCCAAAAACUCCAAAAGAAUAUAUAUGGGACCAAAAAGAAGUAAAAACCACAUAUGUUAGACUUAAAAUAUUUAAAAUUAAAGGUUCUGGCAAAAGUUAA